AUGGUAUUCGGCGCCUCCGUCUCAGAAAUGUUCAUUCGUGACAAGUACGGUCAAUCGGCUAUGAGUAAACUGACCAUAUCUGAAAUCGCAUGGCCAUUUCCAAUCGUCAUUUUGUUCGGAUGUCUGGGAGCAACGAUUGGAGCCGGUAUGCAAUCGCUUACAGGAGCUCCACGUUUACUACAGGCGAUCGCCUUCGAUGACGUAAUACCGUUCCUGAAGCCAUUCCGGAAAAUGGACAGCCGUGGUGAACCGAUUCGAGCCAUUUUCAUUACAAUUCUGAUUUGUUGGAUGGGGAUUCUUAUCGCUGUCAUCGAAAACAUCACAGCACUCAUUACACAAUUCUUCCUGAUGUGCUAUCUCGGCGUUAACACCGCUUGCGCUUUGCAGUCUCUACUCAAAUCGCCCGGUUGGAGGCCAUCAUUCCGAUAUUUCCAUUGGUCACUGUCGAUGCUGGGUGCAUUCCUGUGUGUGGCGGUGAUGUUCAUCUCAGCUUGGCAUUUUGCCCUUGUUGCCAUCUUCAUCGGUGCCGCUGUAUACAAGUAUAUCGAAUACGCUGGAGCCGAAAAAGAAUGGGGAGACGGUAUUCGUGGUCUCGGCCUUAGCGCUGCCAGGUUCGCUCUGCUCAACGUUGAGAACAAGCCCCAACAUAGUCGUAACUGGCGGCCACAAUUACUUGUUCUUCUCGAAAAUACUGACUCACCGAACACUCACGGAAUGCUAUCAUUUGUUAGUCAAUUGAAAGCUGGAAAGGGCCUGACACUGGUCGCUAUGUGUAGGGAAGGUAAAUUCGCAAGCGAUGCCGAAGAUGCUGCAGCUCAACAAAGGAAUCUCGAUUGCUUAAUGAAGAAAUACAAAAUCAAAGGAUUUGGUGACAUACUGGUGACGGAACAUAUCAUGGAAGGAGUCAGCUGCCUUGUUCAGACGUCUGGUUUGGGAGCGCUUAGGCAUAAUACGGUUGUGAUCUCAUGGCCGGAACAAUGGAUUACAGAACACUCAUGGGAUGUUGGCCAUCGGUUCGUCUCAGCCCUACGGGCUUGCUCUGCGGCAAAGUGCGCAAUCCUUGUACCGAAAAAUGUUGAAAGAUUCCCACCUUCAAACACGAAAGUAUCCGGGAAUCUGGAUGUCUGGUGGGUGGUGCAUGACGGUGGAUUGUUGAUGUUGCUACCGUUUUUGCUACGGCAACACAAAACAUGGAAGAAUGCCGUAAUCAGAUUGUUCGCCAUUGCUCAGUUGGAGGACAACAAUGUACAAAUGAAAUCAGACCUCGAAAAGUUCCUCUACCAUCUUCGUAUCGAAGCCGAGGUCUUUGUUAUCGAAAUGCCCGAUUCGGACAUUUCUGACUACACCUAUGAACGAACAUUGAAAAUGGAAGAACGAACAAAGCUGUUGAGGAGUCUGAAUAAAGCCGAUCGCGAGAAAGACCUUCAAACGCAUAUCGAAGAAGUUGUGAGAGAGAGGAAGCUCAGCAAAAUUAACGAGGAAGAAGCGGUGAGCACUGACUCUUGUACGAGCCCUUGCAAGAUGCAGAACGCAGCUCUUGAAAAGACGUUAGAAAUAGUUCCUGAAGACAACCAGGAUACAGAAUCGAAAAAGAUUGAAGGAAAAGGUGUACGAUUCAGUGAUAGCAACUCCGUGGAGGAGAAUCACAAACCUGGAAACGGUACUUUGGAACGUGACAACGAGGAAAGACGGCGAAGGAGGCGCUACAAUGUGCACAAGAUGCACACUGCAGUGAAAUUGAAUGAGCUGAUGAGGGAGAAGUCGGGUGAUUGCCAGCUGCUUAUCGUCAACCUGCCCGGACCUCCCGAUCAGGACUCAGAUAUAUACUAUAUGGAAUUUAUCGAGGCUUUGACCGAGAGCCUGAAUCGGGUAUUACUAGUGCGUGGUACAGGAGCCGAAGUAGUUACCAUCUAUUCUUAG